GUGGCGUGGUGGUGCCCGCCUUCGCGCGUGAUGUUGUGAGCGUGUGGUGGCAUUGUGGUGCCAGCCCAGUACGCCUACCUAAAGAAAAUGGGCUCAUAGCAUUAUUCACGGAAGAGACAACGGACCGCUGCGUCCUGUUCCGACAUUGUUGGAGCCCAGACUGAGGUGGCAGACGCUCGCUGUUGCUGGCACGGCGCCAGAGAAGACUCGUUCACUGGGCCGCUGGGUGUAUUUUUAGCUCUUGGCUCAAGCUGUAGCUAUAAGCAUGGCAAGCCCAACUCCACAACUAAUUUUAGAUUGGUUGAGGCGGCAGUGGAGAGAAAUGGCUGAGCGGUUAGAUGAUUUUAUUUGCAGUUUUGAUCCUCCUACACCAGAGGGGAUGGAUCCAUUAACAGUGCUGCUGCUUGGAUGGGCGGUGUUUUGCUGUGUGCUGGCCGUUUUGCUGCAUUUUGUGAAGCGAUCAAGUAAAAGAGAAGUGGAUGGUGUAAAACAAGGUGUUCUUCAUGCUCCAAGUGACUCAGUCUCUGGCAAGGUGUCAUCAGUGGCAUCACAUAGCAGUGAAAGUGGGAAUGCUACCAAAGCUCCAGGUGCACAAAAUCUUGGUAAAGGCAGUGCCCUAGAUUCAGUGGAUCCAAGUUUCAUAUCAAGAGUACAAUCCUCUGUGCCAUUCAAGCAGGCUGUUGCGCACAGAGGACGAUCUCCGUCUCCAACCAAACCUGUCAAGAUCCCAUAUGUAUCUGGUGCUCCAGUGGCAAAUGGUCCAGAUGAAGAUAGUGUUCUCUGGGUGAACAAUGUGAUCAAUUGGAUCUAUGGUAAAGCUGAAGUACGGAACAGCAUAUCACAAGCAUGGCUGGCAGCACUGAACGAUCAUGCAACAAAGCUGUCAAAAGAGGCGGGCAUCAAUCUCCACUUUGUCGACAUCCGACCCGACUCAGAGCGACCCGACUUCUCCAACGUUGUGGUGGAGCCGGGGCCGAACGACAACAUGACCAUCACGGCGGACGCGCUGGCGCAGCCGCGGCUCACCACGCGCGUCACGUACCAGCAGGACGGCGAGACCCGCUCGGCCACAUACACCACGGACGUGUCCGUGCUGCGGGGCCGCCUCAACGUGGCUGCGCUCACGCACCAAGCCAUGGCCGUCGGCAAGUUCGACGGCUGGCCCGAGGUGCAGAUGCAGCUGGAGCUGGCCGACGACAAGGGCCGCUCGAGCUCGCUGGAGGAGCAGAUCCGGCAGGAGGGCGCCAGGGAGGUGGUGACCGGCUGCUUGCGCGGCGCCGUGCUCGACCUCAACUUCGCGCGCGAGCCCGACUUCCCGCCGUUCGUUCGCCGCCAGGAGCUGGAGCGGGUCCGCAGCCUGUCCCGGGACCCGUCGGAGGGCGACGGCGGCGAACGCACCACCCGGCGCCUGCUGGUUAAGGUGCUGAAGGCGGCCGGUCUGGGCGCCACCAAAGGCUGCAAGGAACCGUACUGCGUGGUGGAGAUGGAUGAGCCGGCCCAGAAGUUCCAGACGGAGACCCGACUCGACACAGACCACCCGUUCUGGGACGAGGCGUUCAUCUUCGACCUGUCCCCCCAAACGGGCGAGCUGCUGUUCGAGGUGUUCGACAAGCAGAAGCCGCGCGACACCAACUUCCUGGGCCUGGGCAUCGUCGGCAUCGAGGAGCUGCUGAUCAACCCGAGUCAGCGACAGAUCAUCCCGCUGCUGUCGCGGCCUUACGAGGAGGACCCGGUGUCGGGCUCGCUCACGGUCGAGUUUCUGUUCGUGGACGAGGAUGGCUCGCCAGUAGAGGAGGGGGCUCUGCCGCACCGCGUGACGCAGACCUCCGAGCGCCUGCUGACCUCCGGCGAGGUGCUGCAGACCACGCGCACCACCUACACGCGGCCGCAGGAUGAUGACGACGGCCGCUUCGUCAAGAGCAUGGCGCUCAAGGACGUGGACUCUAAGGCUCGCCCGAACGCCAAGAAGAGCACGCUCAUCAUUCACAGCUCGAAGAAGGAGAACGUGGACCUGCCGUCUGUGAAGGUUCAGCGCAAUAACGACGGCCUGUGGGUCGAAGUGCCGGCCAAGGACAACUUGGACGACUCCAUUCAGACGUCGGAGGCAGGCUCAGACGUGCAGGAGGCAGGCAGAAGCGGCCACUCCCCGUCGUCCGGGGACGAGUCGAGCCGCGGCCGCAAGCGGGCCAAGAAGCGCUCCUUCUUCGGGUCGUUGCGCAAGCGGCUGAGCGGCAGCAAGUCGCGCAGCAAGUCGAGCGAGCCGGGACAGGGCCGGGACGACUGGGAGGACGACCCCGGCCGCAGCGCCAGCCUCGACCGGAGGCACUACCUCACCGUGCCACGCGCCGGCGCCGGCCGGCCCGGCGCGCCCGACGACAGCAGCCUCAGCGACAUGUCCGGAAUCAGCAACGCCUCCAACCGCACCUACAUCAACGACGAGUCCACCCUGGUGCUGGAGACCACGGAGAACGGCAUACUCAAACACUACUUAGUACCCAACAACAUGGCCAAGAGGUCCAAGUGGAGGAAGAAGGGCUCCAAGCUGCACAUUUACAACGAGCACGUGUUCGUGGCGAAGCAUCUGCCCAGCGCCCUCUGUUCGGUCUGCGAGAAGUCGCUACCACGCUGGCUGGGGAAGCAGGCGUACGAGUGCCGCGGCUGCCAGGUCAAGGUGCACAAGCAGUGCCACGUGCGCGUGGAGACGGUCUGUCCGGGCAGCACGGUACACACCAUGGAGCUGGAAUACCUGCAGACGUUGGAUGACAAACGACAGCGAAAUAUGACCCGGUAAAGGGUUCGACUAGCGCCACAAAGCGUGGGACUCGGGAACUUCAACCUUGGCGCGUUCCGACAGAUGGCGCCUGCCUAUUAGUGGCUUGCUGAGAACGCAGGACCACAGGGCACGUUUGUUUUGCUACGCUUGUGUUUUGCGACUAUUAUAUGUGUACUGUCGUAGGCCGUCACUUUUUCUGAGUGCUGCGAAGGUGCAGUGCGUAUAUCAACUUAAUCAUGAGAUCUGCAGGUUGACAACACAAGGUUUAUGGUGCAGUCGCGGGCGCAGCAAGUCGCCCUGUCUUCUCGAUCUGUUGUUUUGGCCUUCUUCAGUGUGUGCCUUUGUUGUCCGCCGAUGUAACCAAAGCGCGUGCUAGUGCUGAAUCUCGUGGCACGCGAGGGAGGCCCUCUGGAGGCCGCCGGGCGCUGGCGGACGCGGUUGGUCGUGCCCUGCUCCGCCUUGUGCGCUAGCGCCCCCUGUAUCCCUUAGAGCCACCCAGGUCUCUCUCUCUCUAACACAAUGUGAUAUUACGUACUUAACGCUUGAGUACUGUGCAAUGUUUACGUGCGGGAAUCUCCAGCAGACAGCAGUGUGGACAAUCUGGGCGGGUUGUGUUCUUUUUCUGCAUCUUUUUUAGACAUCGCUGGCUUUUGUAACGCUUCUGGGUAUGCCGUCUAUGAACCUUGGUGUGAUGUAUGGGUGGAAAGCUGUUCUGUCAACGAACUGUUUUUCUUAGUUCAGCUCCUGGCCGUCAGAUGUCGGUGGCGGUGUCGCUGCCCCGUUAGGUGGUUGUGUCUCCCGCCCAGCUCUGUGCGACCCUGGCGGUCUGUAGGUGCCGCUCUGCGAAGCGCCCUCCCGCCCCCGCCUGCGCGGGCUCCGUGAUAGGACUAGUCGCCGUCUGCC